GCUAAAAAUAUGCUAUGAAUUGCUAUGCUAUGAAAUAAUUCAUAGCUAGCCCAGCACUAAUCCAGUCUCCUUCUCUCUCCAGUCUCUUCUGACAAGUACUGGGCCUGCGACAUGUCCAAGUCCAUCGCCCUCCUGAUAUGUGAUACUCCGAUGGCCUCGGUCCUGUCUGUACAUGGCGACUAUCACGUAUUCUUCACCGAUCUGCUGCACAAUGCUGGGAUGCAAGCACAGAUAGACGAUAUCCAGACUAAAUGCAGAAUUGACGCGUAUGACGUCGUGCAUAAGAUGAACUAUCCGACUGCAGAGCAACUGGAGCAAUAUGACGGGAUUAUCAUCACAGGAUCCAAGGCAUCUGCCUACGAAGAGAUUCCCUGGAUCAACAAGUUGGUCGACUUCGUGGCCCGCACGGCAACUAUGCACGCCAGAAUCAAAAUAUUCGGGAUCUGUUUCGGGCAUCAAAUUGUGGCACGCGCGUUGGGAGGUGAAUGUGUCAAGAACGGAGGGAGAUGGGAGGUUGGGCCAACACCCAUAACAUUGACCCCGCUGGGCCAGUCCUUAUUCAGGGUCGAAUCCGCUACCCUGCAUCUGCAGGAAAUGCACCAGGAUCAUGUUCCCGAAGUACCGGAGACGUUCCACCUGUUGGGCUCGACCGAUGUUUCGAAGAAUCAGGGUAUGGUGCGGUUCACCACAUUGGAACCUCCCAGUUCUCUGGAUCUCUCGCGGGUCCACAUACUUACAGUGCAGGGGCAUCCGGAAUUCACGGAAGCUGUUGUUACUAAACUAGUUUAUGCACGCGCCCAGUCUGGUGUAAUCACCCCCGAAACGGCUCAAGAUGCGAUACGGAGGUCAGGCUGGCCAAACGAUGGAGUCAGCGUCAUCGGAAGAACGAUAUUGGGUGUCCUAGGCUUGACACGAUGAGAAUGAGUAUAUAUCGCUGUAUAAUUACAUAUCCAUGGAUGUGUUAUUCGGAACGCGAGAAAAGUCUAGGAUACUCAUGUCUUGAAGACUAUGAUCAGAAUAAGGAGAAUCAAGAUGAGUGCUGCAAUCGUGACCGUCGAGCCUGGAGGCACAUCAACCUUGUAGCGAAGAAGCGCUCAGACAUUAGCAACUUACCGUUCCUCUUGGCUCCUUGCGCGACCCUAUCUAACCUUCUUCGAGCGCCACCCAACCUGGUCUCGGUAUGGUUCAAAUCGGUGUCUAGCUCUUCAAGUAGUCCAGUGUGAACAUCCAGUUCCUCGUUUAUCUGAAGGGAUAUAUCGCGCUGUCGAUUGAUUGAAUGUGAUAGAAGGUCGAGCUGAUUGUCUUGUUCUAGGAGAAGGCAUUAUUGUCGG